UGACGUCGCUGCAGGUUGCUUUCUUCUGUUGCUGAGAGCUCCCGCCGUCUGCAGACUGUGCGCUGUUUCCGCAGCUGUGCUGUCGUGUCCACAGCCUGUGUCCUCCUCCUCCUCCCUCUCCCACCCGCACGCCCUGCCUGGUCACCGGGAGGACUUCAUCUUCCCCAUCCCACUCUCCAUAUUCGUUUUCUUUCCUCCCCCAUUACACGUGCUUGGACUGGAUUCAGCGAGAGCUGUCGACAUCAUACCCUGCUGAACAUCAUGGAUAUUUAAAUCAAAACAAAACCAAACUCCGCAUCUUUUCCUCACCUCUGAGCUUCAGAUGGCCAUGCAACAUCUGACGCCAUGGCGCGCUCUGCUCCUUCUGGCUGUGCUCUACCAACCAGUAGUAUCUGAAAAAUACGGUUGCCUGUUUGAGAGGAAACUGUGCACAAGAGAUCAGUUCUGCUCUGACGAUGGGUUGUUCGGCCAGUGUCGAAGUUCAAAGCAGGACCAGGUCCAGUACCAAGUGACAGUUCCUGUGCUGAAGAGGAUGCAGGAAGUCCUCAAACAGCUCAUGCUACAAGGGCUGUCGUGGCAGGAUGACAUCACUCAGUAUAUUUUGUCAAAGGAGCUGAAGAGAGUUCCCCACGUUACCCUCCCAUCAAAGCCAAACUCUUCAUCAUCAUCCGCUCAUUUGCCUAAAUCCAAACAGCACAUCCUCCACCACCCCAGCUCCAAGUCAGGAUCCACACCUUCUGGUGGUAAAUAUGUGGACUACAUGAUUGUCGAGCCUCCUCAGUCCCCGCUGCGCAUGCAGACAGCAUCCCUUGACCCUUAUGCAUAUCACCAGCACAGGUAUCAAGAUGAAGUAGAGAGGUCACUUUUGAGCGCUGGGGGGUAUGCUCGUCCACCCUCAAGGUCCCAGGUCAGCCAGAGAGAGCGAGAGCGAGACAGGCAGCUGCUGCAAGAAGCUCGGUCUCUUUACCUGGCAUCUGGGCAGCCAUCUUACCGACACAGAGGAGCUGCACCCAUGGCACCUGCAGGUCUCCCUUAUGAUAAUCUGGACUUGGAAAUACCAGUGGACUACGUGGAAGACUACACCCUAGAGGAAAGGCUUGGUACUGCAGGAAGGCAGCAAAACCUUCAGAGUAAGAAAGCUCCUCAGGACGUCAGAACUGGGUCUCAAAACAACGACAACUUGCUCCAGAGGAUUUCGGAUGUUCUGAGGAGGUACAACGUUGAUCCCAGGGAUCUCAGUCAGGAGCAGCUCUACAAGCUGGCCCUCAUACUGCAACUUCUGCAAGGCCAGGACAAAGCGCCCCCAACAGAUCAAGUUGGAAAAGAUCUUAUCUCUCUCAAAGAGAUGCAGAUGCUGGAUAAAGAGGGCGUGUCCAAACCAGAGAAGCCUGCACCUCCUCUUGGUCCCCCUGAUAGUCCUCCUGCUCCCCCAUCUGCUUCCAUCCUUGAUUCUCCUCCAACUAAGGGUGCCAGUCUUCCCACAGCUCCCUCCAAACCUUCUCAGACCACCCCCGAGGAAGCUGCAAAGAACAUCAAGGAGCCGUUUAUUGAGGGUGCCGAUGCCAAAGAGGAGUAUGGGUAUAUUGUCACCAACCAGAGUCAUCUGAGUCUGUAUGAUGGAGUGAAGCUGUUGGAGCUACUGGCUGAUAAAAUACACUUGACAACCAGCAGCUUCAUCAACAUUAGCGUGGUCGGACCUGCGUUGACGUUCCGAAUCCGUCAGAAUGAGCAAAAUAUGACGGUUGCAGAGGUGGCUGCUAAAGCCGUAUCAGAGAAAACCUUCCUGGAGUCUGAGACUGGCUUAAAAAUUGUGCAAACUGGUGUUGGAGAGAGAACCAAUGCACGGGGUCUCCCUCUGGUAUCCAGGGUUCCUCAGGGUUCCAGUGGGACCGUCAUCACACUUGUUUCCAUGGCGGUGGUGGGUGGUGUGCUGGUACUGGCCAUGGCUGUAGCUUGUUUCAGGCAUUAUACCCACCAAGUGGCCAAUGGUAAGCUUGGCCUGGGGCCAGAGGGAGGAGCGGAAACACACUUUGACUACCAGGAGCUGUGUCGGCAGCACAUGGCAUCCAAGUCCUCUCUGUCCCGUCAGGAUUGUGUGGGAGGGGUGAGCAGCAGCAUGGCGGGGCCUGCCGUAGGAACGGGCGCUGGUGGGCGACGGGGGACAGACACAUCCCGGGUCAGCAGCGUUUCCUCCCAGUUCAGCGAUGGCCCACAGCACAGCCCAUCCUCCACCCACAGCUCCACCCCAUCCUGGAGCGAGGAACCAGCUCAAUCUAACAUGGACAUCUCCACGGGUCAUAUGAUACUAGCGUACAUGGAGGACCACUUGCGGAAUAAAGACCGGCUGCAGAAGGAGUGGGAGGCCCUUUGCUCCUACCAGGCUGAACCUUGUUCUGUAGCGGUGGCUCAAAACACAACCAACAUGGACAAAAACAGACACGCUGAAGCCCUUCCCUAUGACCACUCUCGUGUGAAGCUGAAGGCCGGAGUAAACCCUAAUAAACAAGAUUACAUCAACGCCAGUUUUAUUUUCGAUCAUGACCCUCGCCAGCCAGCGUAUAUUGCUACACAAGGACCACUUCCCCACACUGUUGCUGAUUUCUGGCAGAUGGUUUGGGAGAACGGCUGCACGGUGAUUGUGAUGAUGACGGCUUUGGUAGAGGACGGAGAGAAGCAGUGUGAGCGAUACUGGCCUGAUGAGGGCUCCUCGCUCUACCACAUCUAUGAGGUGAACCUGGUGUCAGAGCACAUCUGGUGUAAGGACUUCCUUGUGCGCAGCUUCUACUUGAAGAAUGUCCAGACGCAGGAAACGAGAACCCUGACACAAUUUCACUUCCUGAGCUGGCCAGGUGACGGGAUCCCCACCUCUACGCGUCCACUACUAGACUUCCGCAGGAAGGUGAAUAAAUGUUACAGAGGUCGAUCCUGCCCCAUCAUCAUUCACUGCAGUGAUGGAACCAGCAGGACUGGCACGUACGUCCUCAUUGACAUGGUGCUGAACCGGAUGGCUAAAGGAGUGAAAGAGAUCGACAUUGCAGCCUCACUGGAGCACAUCAGAGACCAGCGACGCGGACUGGUUCGCACCAAGGACCAGUUUGAGUUCGCUCUGACUGCAGUGGCUGAGGAGGUGAAUGCCAUCUUGAAAGCUCUGCCACAGUGAGGCUCGGCGACUGAGGAACACGCAGAUGGCACACGCAGGCACACGAAAACACGGGCUCUGCACGACCACACUCAUCAGAUUUAUUCACAUAUGUUCAUUACUGCCACAAAAAUCGGAUCAGCCACAACUUGAACUGUUGCAACAUUCCAGCUCUUCAUUUGCACUUUUUUUUUCCAACGUUUUCAAACAUCAAACACGAACAACGGAUUUUUAUUAUUUUUGCUGUGAAACUUUAAACCAAGACAAGGAUGCAGCCAUUAGAUGAGAAUUCAAACCUUUGUGCCUGUGUGAAAACAGAAGAAAUGUCCACUUUAUUCCUCACCUGGGUAAAGAAUAUUGUGGUCAGACAGGAAAGAAAAUACCUCUAAACAACAGCAGAGUCACAGUAAAUGUAUCAGUGCCCCAUUUACCUUUUGCCAAAUGAUCCGUUAAUGUUCUAAUUGGACUAAUAUUAAAGUAACAAACCAAAAAAGACAUUCAGAAACGUUGUAAGGUUACUUUUGAUCUUAAAUCGUUGAAUGUGGUGUUUUGUGUCCAGAUGAAAAGUUUAAACUUCAGUCGAGUCGAGUGUGUUUAUUUCUAGCGACUUUUUUAAUUCGUAAAGUUUGUCUUAAAACUUUAGUGUUUGCUUUCAACUCUUACUUCCUAAAUAAAAAAGCUAAACAUGGCACUUAGGGUACAUACUUUCCCCAUUAUCUUUCUGUUUAUCAAAAAUCAUCUUUCUCACUGUGCAACCCUGUGAUUAAUGUAUAUAACUCAUCCUGAUGAUUGUGUUUAUUUCAUGUAGCAGACAAAUAGAAAAUAUCUAUAAAAAUGUAUUUUUGACUUGACUUAAAUAAAUUUGUGAUGUGAUGCAGCAGAAAAAAA